CUCAUAGCUCCGCAGAUCGUCAGCGAGUGUAGCUGCUUUUUGCAAGCAUCCACAAGUUUGUCAGAUAUCGCAACUAUAUCGUUACAGUUAGUCAAGUGGCUCCGUCCCGUUCGGUUCAGUUCAGUCAAGAGUAUACAGUUUGCAGUUUGCAGUUCGCAGUUCGCAGUUUACAGUUGCGCGCGUGUUGUAUAAACGAGAUUUCAGCCAAAGUGAAUUAUCUAAAGCAAUACAUCGACGAUAUCCGCAGGAUAAUCGAGGAGAAAAUGUCACUCAAUCCGAACGGGUAUAAACUCUCCGAAAGGACGGGUAAACUAACGGCAUAUGAUCUCAUGCCCACGACAGUCAGUGCUGGAGCUGAGACACGUGAAUUUCUGCUGAAGGUUAUCGAUGUGCUGUUGGACUUUGUGAAGGCAACGAACGAUCGAAAUGAGAAGGUGCUGGACUUCCAUCAUCCGGAGGACAUGAAGCGUCUGCUCGACUUGGAUGUGCCGGAUCGGGCGCUGCCGCUCCAGCAGCUGAUCGAGGACUGUGCCACAACGCUCAAGUAUCAAGUGAAGACGGGCCAUCCGCACUUCUUCAAUCAGCUGUCGAACGGCUUGGAUCUGAUCUCCAUGGCUGGCGAAUGGUUGACCGCCACUGCCAAUACCAACAUGUUCACAUACGAGAUAGCCCCGGUUUUCAUACUCAUGGAGAACGUGGUGCUAACCAAGAUGCGUGAGAUCAUUGGCUGGUCGGGCGGUGAUUCGAUUUUGGCGCCCGGCGGCUCCAUUUCGAAUCUGUAUGCCUUCUUGGCCGCUCGCCACAAGAUGUUCCCCAACUACAAGGAGCAUGGCUCGGCUGGCUUGCCCGGCAAUUUGGUCAUGUUCACUUCGGAUCAGUGCCACUAUUCGAUCAAAUCUUGCGCUUCUGUCUGUGGUCUGGGCACCGAUCACUGCGUCAUGGUGCCAUCCGAUGAGCAUGGCAAAAUGAUCACCUCCGAGUUGGAGCGUUUAAUACUCGAGCGCAAGGCCAAGGGCGAUAUUCCGUUCUUUGUUAAUGCCACGGCCGGCACAACUGUGCUCGGAGCCUUUGAUGAUCUGAAUACUGUUGCGGAUAUCUGUCAGAAAUACAAUUGCUGGAUGCACAUUGAUGCUGCUUGGGGCGGUGGAUUGCUGAUGUCGCGCAAGCAUCGCCAUCCCAGAUUCACAGGCGUUGAACGCGCCGAUUCUGUUACCUGGAAUCCACACAAGCUGAUGGGAGCACUGCUCCAGUGCUCGACUAUUCAUUUCAAGGAAGAUGGCCUGCUCAUCAGCUGCAACCAAAUGUCGGCCGAGUAUCUGUUUAUGACCGACAAACAUUACGACAUUAGCUACGACACUGGCGAUAAGGUCAUCCAAUGUGGACGCCACAAUGACAUCUUCAAGCUAUGGCUGCAGUGGCGCGCCAAGGGUACCGAGGGCUUUGAGCAGCAGCAGGAUCGCUUGAUGGAAUUGGUUCAGUAUCAGUUGAAGCGCAUACGCGCCCAAUCCGAUCGAUUCCAUUUGAUCUUGGAGCCGGAAUGCGUUAAUGUCUCGUUCUGGUAUGUGCCCAAGCGUUUGAGGGGCAUGCCACAUGACGCAAAGAAAGAAGUGGAACUGGGCAAAAUCUGUCCAAUUAUCAAGAAUCGCAUGAUGCAGAAGGGCACACUUAUGGUGGGCUAUCAGCCAGACGAUCGACGACCCAACUUCUUCCGCUCGAUCAUCUCUUCGGCUGCUGUGACCGAGGCGGAUGUGGACUUUAUGCUCGAUGAGAUACACCGGUUGGGCGAUGACUUGUAAGCGAAUCGAUCAGAAGAGCAUAAUUUUCUCCAAAAGAUAAAUCUAGAUACUGUUGCGUAGUUCAUACAACCAAGAAGUAUCUUUAAGGUAAAAAGCAUAUCAUAAGAACGCAAAAUGAAUAAUUCCCAACUAACCAAAGUUAAAUGUUGCUGUAAAUUUGUUUGAAUAUAUUACCGAAUGUUACGUUUGAUUU